AUGUCUUACGGCGGUGGUGGCUACGGAGGUCGCGGCGGCGGCGGCGGAGGUGGCGGAUACGGCGGCGGAGGAGGCUACGGCGGCUCCAACGGGUAUGACUCGAAUUAUGGAGGCUACGACUACGGCUCUCGCGGCGGCUAUGAUGAUCGAUCCUACUCGAAUGGAUACAGCAACGGCGGUUCAAACGGCUACGGCGGAGGCGGUGGUGGCUACUCCAACGGCGGUGGCUACGGAGGAGGUGGAGGUGGUUACGGCGGCGGUGGAGGUGGCUACGGUGGUGGCGGUGACAAAAUGUCUCAACUUGGUGCUGGUCUCAAGCAGCAGAACUGGGACAUGGAUACACUUCCAAAGUUUGAGAAGUCCUUCUACAAGGAGGCUCCAACAGUUGCCGCUCGCACACCAGCCGAGGUCGACGAGUUCCGUCGCGUCAACCAGAUCACAAUCCAAGGUCGCGAUGUGCCGAAGCCAGUCGAGACCUUCGACGAGGCUGGUUUCCCGAACUAUGUCAUGAGCGAGGUCAAGGCACAAGGCUUCCCCAAGCCAACUGCCAUCCAAUCGCAAGGUUGGCCCAUGGCCCUCUCAGGUCGCGACGUUGUCGGUGUCGCAGAGACUGGUUCCGGAAAGACGCUCACCUACACGCUUCCCGCCAUCGUCCACAUCAAUGCACAGCCGCUCCUCGCACAGGGCGACGGUCCAAUCGUCCUCAUUCUCGCUCCCACCCGUGAGCUCGCAGUCCAGAUUCAAGAGGAAGUCAGCAAGUUCGGAAAGUCAUCUCGGAUACGAAACACCUGUGUGUACGGUGGUGUGCCCAAGGGUGGACAGAUCAGAGACCUCGCUAGGGGCGUGGAAGUCUGCAUCGCCACUCCCGGCCGUCUCAUCGACAUGCUCGAGUCUGGCAAGACCAACUUGCGCCGUGUGACUUACCUCGUUCUCGACGAGGCUGAUCGCAUGUUGGACAUGGGUUUCGAGCCACAGAUCCGCAAGAUCAUCGGUCAGAUUCGCCCAGAUCGUCAGACAUGCAUGUGGUCUGCAACUUGGCCAAAGGAAGUCCGCCAGCUCGCUUCCGACUACCAGAACAACUUCAUCCAGGUCAACAUCGGUUCGCACGACCUGGCCGCUAACCACCGUAUCACCCAGAUCGUCGAGGUCGUCUCCGACUUCGAGAAGCGCGACAAGAUGAUCAAGCACCUCGAGAAGAUUAUGGAGGACAAGGCUAACAAGAUCCUCAUCUUCACCGGCACCAAGCGCAUUGCCGACGACAUCACCCGCUUCCUUCGUCAGGACGGCUGGCCGGCCCUUUCCAUUCACGGUGACAAGCAGCAGAACGAGCGUGACUGGGUGCUCAACGAGUUCAAGACCGGAAAGAGCCCCAUCAUGGUUGCCACCGACGUGGCUUCGCGUGGUAUCGACGUCAAGGACAUCACUCAUGUCUUCAACUACGACUACCCAAACAACUCAGAGGACUACGUGCACCGUAUCGGUCGUACUGGUCGUGCUGGCCGCUUGGGUACCGCCAUUACCCUCUUCACCACUGACAACUCCAAGCAGGCACGCGAGCUCGUUGGCAUCCUGAGCGAAGCCAAGCAGAACGUCGACCCACGCCUUGCCGAGAUGGCUCGCUACGGUGGCGGCGGAGGUGGCGGUGGCCGCGGCUGGGGUGGAGGUCGUGGUCGAGGUGGAGGCCGUGGAGGCCGUGGCGGAUGGACCGGCUCGAAUAACGCUCCUCUCGGUGGCGAACGUCAGCGCUGGUAG